UUGCGCAUGCGCGGUAUUCCACACGUGGGGUGAACGUUUGUACUGUAUGCGACACAGCAGAGAGACCUCGCAGAGCCACCACACACGUACUUCUACUAAGAAAACCAAUUCUUGCGUCUUGUUGCUCUUUUUCUUAGCACAGGUUAAAGACAAUAGUCCUCCGUGAAGCAUUUCGCCGAGAGGGCCGGAUUAAUAGAAAAAAAACAUUCUUCACAAUGACUGAAGCCCAAGUGAACCCGAAGGCCUACCCGCUGGCCGACGCCACGCUCUCCAAGACCAUCCUGGACCUGGUGCAGCAAGCCUCCAACUACAAGCAGCUGAGGAAGGGCGCUAAUGAAGCCACUAAAACCUUAAACAGAGGCAUCUCUGAAUUCAUCGUGAUGGCCGCCGACGCUGAACCACUGGAGAUCAUCCUCCACCUGCCGCUGCUCUGCGAGGACAAGAACGUCCCGUACGUGUUUGUCCGCUCCAAGCAGGCCCUGGGCCGGGCCUGUGGGGUGUCCCGCCCCGUCAUAGCUACCUCAGUCACGAUAAAGGAGGGCUCCCAGCUCAAACCGCAGAUUCAGUCUGUUCAAUUGGCUAUUGAGAGACUGCUUGUCUAAUAAUCUAAUUUCUCUGCACAACGUCAUGUGGAACAAAGGAAAAGACAAAUUAUGUUUGAUAUAAAGAUUGAAUUUGUAAUGCAUGACUGGAGAAUAUAGAUGUUUUUUCUUUUCUUUUUUACUUCUUAGGACAAUGUCCAGUUCAGUGUAUCAGUUUGCUAUGGCAAGACCCGAUUCACAAUAAAAGAUUUUUUUAUUUAAA